AUGAGUGAUGAAAACCUUAAGCCUAAAAGAAUUAGAAUGAUUUGGCGAACCCAAAAAAUUAAAGUAGAUUGUGGAGUGUUCACGAUGCGGCAUAUGGAGACCUAUAUGGGAGAAAAAGAUGGAAAAUGGAAUUCUAGAUUUGGAAAAGAAAACUAUGCUCAAAAAGUAACUCUAGAUUUUCUUAGAUGUAAAUAUGCUGCAAAGUUGAUAUUAUCUGAAACUAAUGAAGUUGCUUCCAAGAUUCUUGAGCUUACAAAAGAAUACAACAAGGUUGAAGAAAGUAUAAGGAAAAGGGAAAGAGAUAUGGCUAAGACGAUGAUUAAACAAAGAUUAGAGAGUAUAUAA